AUGGAAUCCAAAAAUUUCUUUCUCUGCAUUACCAUACUUCUCUUUGCUGCUUCUUCUUCUUCUUCCUCAGAAAUCUUGCAGAAACAGACUUACAUCAUUCAGCUUCACCCUAAUAGCGAGACUGCUAAAACCUUUACCUCAAAGUACGAUUGGCAUCUCUCUUUUCUCCAAGAAGCGGUUUUAGGAGUUGAAGAGGAAAGCUUUGAAGAGCCUUCUUCACGGAUUCUAUACUCUUACGGCUCUGCCAUUGAAGGAUUUUCUGCUCAAUUAACCGAAUCAGAAGCCGAGACGCUGAGAAACUCACCUGAAGUUGUUGCAGUGAGGCCUGACCAUGUGCUUCAGGUCCAAACCACUUACUCUUACAAGUUCUUGGGGCUGGACGGCGGUCUCGGAAACUCCGGUGUAUGGUCUAAAUCCCGGUUUGGCCAAGGCACGAUUGUCGGCGUUCUUGAUACCGGAGUUUGGCCUGAAAGCCCUAGCUUUGACGAUACAGGAAUGCCUUCUGUCCCACGCAAAUGGAAAGGGAUUUGCCAAGAAGGAGAGAACUUCAGUUCCUCGAGCUGUAACCGUAAGCUAAUCGGUGCCAGAUUCUUCAUCAGAGGCCACCGUGUCGCUAACUCGCCACAAGAAUCACCAAACAUGCCUCGUGAAUACAUAUCCGCAAGAGACUCAACAGGACACGGGACUCACACCGCGUCAACAGUUGGUGGAUCCUCGGUUUCGAUGGCGAGUGUUCUCGGCAAUGGAGCUGGCGUGGCUCGUGGGAUGGCUCCUGGAGCUCACAUCGCGGUUUACAAAGUCUGUUGGUUCAACGGAUGUUACAGCUCUGACAUUCUUGCAGCUAUAGAUGUAGCGAUUCAAGAUAAAGUCGAUGUUCUUUCGCUCUCCCUCGGCGGUUUCCCGAUUCCUCUGUACGAUGACACAAUCGCCAUUGGAACGUUCAGAGCCAUGGAACAUGGGAUCUCUGUAAUCUGUGCAGCUGGUAACAACGGUCCGAUCGAUAGCUCGGUUGCAAACACAGCUCCUUGGGUCUCAACCAUUGGUGCAGGCACGCUCGACCGUAGAUUCCCUGCUGUAGUCAGAUUAGCAAACGGGAAGCUUCUCUAUGGAGAGUCAUUGUAUCCAGGGAAAGGCUUAAAGAACGCUGAGAGAGAGCUCGAAGUGGUUUACGUCACCGGAGGAGAAAGAGGCACCGAGUUUUGCUUGAGAGGAUCACUUCCAAGAGAGAAGGUCAAAGGCAAGAUGGUGAUAUGUGAUCGUGGAGUCAAUGGAAGAUCAGAGAAAGGAGAAGCGAUCAAAGAAGCAGGUGGUGUUGCAAUGAUCUUGGCUAACACAGAGAUCAACCAAGAAGAAGAUUCCAUCGACGUUCAUCUUUUGCCAGCUACAUUGAUCGGUUACGCGGAGUCGGUUGUUUUGAAAGGUUACGUGAAUGCCACGGUGAAGCCAAAGGCGAGGAUAAUAUUUGGAGGGACAGUGAUUGGGAGGUCAAGAGCACCGGAGGUGGCUCAGUUUUCAGCUCGAGGACCGAGUUUAGCUAAUCCUUCGAUUCUUAAACCGGAUAUGAUUGCUCCUGGAGUCAACAUCAUCGCUGCUUGGCCUCAGAAUCUUGGACCAACAGGUCUUCCUUACGAUGCAAGAAGAGUUAACUUCACUGUCAUGUCAGGGACUUCAAUGUCUUGUCCACAUGUUAGUGGAAUCACUGCUCUAAUCCGGUCUACGUACCCGAACUGGUCUCUAGCUGCGAUCAAAUCCGCAAUGAUGACGAGUGCGGAUUUGUAUGAUCGUCAAGGGAAAGUGAUCAGAGACGGGAACAAUCCGGCCGGUUUGUUUGCGAUCGGAGCAGGGCAUGUGAAUCCGGGAAAGGCGAUAAACCCGGGACUGGUUUACAACAUUCAACCGGUGGAUUACAUAACGUAUCUAUGCAGUAUUGGAUUCACAAGAUCAGAUGUUUUAGCGAUCACUCACAAGAACGUGAGCUGCAGCGGGAUCUUGAGGAAAAACCCUAGUUUUAGCCUUAAUUAUCCGUCGAUUUCAGUGAUUUUCAAACGUGGGAAGAAGAUGGAGAUGGUCACAAGGCGUGUGACUAACGUUGGGAGUCCUGAUUCGGUAUACUCGGUGAAGGUUAAAGCUCCUCAAGGGAUCAAAGUGAUUGUAAACCCUAAGAGGCUUGUGUUUAAACAUAAGGAUGAGACUCUGAGCUAUCGAGUUUGGUUUGUGUUGAAGAAGAGAAACAGAGGAGAGAAGGUGGUUGGUUCCUUUGGGCAGGGACAGUUGACUUGGGUCAACUCUAGGAAUCUGAUGCAGCGAGUUAGGAGUCCAAUCUCUGUCACCUUCAAGAAUAAUUAA